AUGGGGAGCAGGCUGGGAUGCUCACGGAAAGCAAGGCUCUCUGUGCCCCUUUGCACUUGAAAUUCAAACAAAUGCUUCAGCUUCUCAUUCCUGCCUGCUGACAACACCAGGGUGGCCAUGACUCAACCCAGCUUCCAGGACUGAGGGGCAGAGGUGGUGAGAGAUCUGUCUCAGGGUGAGACCCCACAACGGUGCCGAUGGAAAGCGUGUACUCCAUGGAGCCGGCACCUGACGGUGCUGGCCUCACCUCGCUGGAUAUGCUCGCCUUCCUGGACGCCCCGGUGAACAGCACGGAGGAGCAGUGCUUCAGCGCCCGCUCCCGCAGCACUGUCCUGGAGGGGCUGCCCUUUGGGGGCGUGCCCACUGUGCUGGCCAUCAACUUCAUCCUCUGGCUGCUUCUCCUUCUGAUCUUCUCAUGUCUUCGGAAAGCGGCUUGGGACUACGGACGCCUGGCACUUCUGAUGGACAAUGACAGCCUGACAUCGCUUUUCUAUGGAGAGCAGAGUGAGAAGGAGAAGUCCCCAUCAGAGAGCAGCCCUCUGGAUGCUGACAACAAGGAUGUGGGAUUCUGUUCCUGGCUCCUUUCUAUCUACCAGAUGAAGGAUGAGGAGAUUCAGAGCAAGUGUGGGAUCGAUGCCACCACCUACCUCUCCUUCCAGCGGCACCUCCUGGUCCUGCUGAUUCUGGUUUGCGUGCUCUCCGUGGCUGUCAUCCUGCCUGUCAACUUCUCAGGGGACCUCCUGGGACACAAUCCCACCCACUUUGGCCGGACAACCAUCGCCAACAUCCCAACUCAAGACCGCCUCCUGUGGCUGCACAGCAUCUUCGCCCUCAUCUAUUUUAUCUUCACCAUCCUUUGCAUGGCUCACCACUCUGUCCACCUGGAAUACAGAGAGAAUGAGAAGGUUGCCCGGACACUGAUGGUUACCCACAUCCCCAAGGAGAUCACAGAUCCUUCACUUAUCAUCAAGCAUUUCCACGAGGCUUACCCCAGCUGCACUGUCACCAAUGUCCAGUUCUGCUUUGACGUGCGCAAGCUGAUGAAGCUGGAUGCAGAGAGGCGCAAAGCAAUGAAGGGGCGGCUUUACUUCACCACCAAGGCACAGAAGGAGGGGAAGAUCAUGAUCAAAACUCACCCCUGCGCCCGCAUCUUCUGCUGCCGCUUCUGUGGCUUUGAUGAGGUGGAUGCUGAGCAGUACUACGGGGAGUUGGAGGAGAAGCUCACAGAUGAGUUCAAUGCAGAGCGCAACCGCAUCACACUCAAGCGGCUUGACAUGGCCUUUGUCACCUUCCAGGACGAGCGGAUGACAGCUGUGAUUUUGAAGGACUACAGCCACAUCCACUGCCGCAAGCACCCCCAGCAGUCCUCUGUCACCACCGUGGUCAAGUCACACCACUGGGGUGUUCGCUAUGCCCCUGCACCCAGCGAUAUCAUCUGGGAGAAUUUAUCAGUUCGUGGAACAUCGUGGUGGAUGCGAUUCAUUCUGCUUAAUAUCUGCCUGUUCGUCCUUCUCUUCUUCCUCACAACGCCAGCCAUCAUUGUCAAUACCAUGGACAUGUUCAAUGUCACACACCCUGUGGAGAGCCUCAAGAAUCCCAUCAUUACCCAGUUUUUCCCUACACUGCUGCUCUGGGCCUUCUCUGUCUUCUUGCCCUUCCUUGUGUACUACUCAGCGUUCUUCGAGUCCCACUGGACAAGGUCAAGUGAAAAUCAGAUCACCAUGCACAAAUGCUUCUUCUUCCUGGUGUUCAUGGUUAUCAUUCUGCCCUCACUAGGUCUGAGCAGCCUGGACCUGUUUUUCCGCUGGCUCUUCGACACCCACUUUCUGGAUGAGGCUGAAAUCAAAUUCCAGUGCGUUUUCCUCCCAGACAAUGGCGCCUUCUUCGUCAACUACGUAGUCACCUCCAGCCUGAUUGGAACAGCCAUGGAGCUGCUGCGCAUCCCAGGCCUCCUCGUCUACACUGCUCGCCUCUGCUUUGCCAAGUCUGAGCCCGAACGGCUCCAUGUCAAGCGGAGCCAAGCAUACCAGUUCCAGUUUGGACUAGAGUACGCCUGGACCUGCUGUAUCUUCUCUGUUGUCAUGACCUACAGCAUCACCUGCCCCAUCAUCGUCCCCUUUGGGUUGCUGUAUAUGCUGCUCAAGCACAUGGUUGACCGGUACAACAUUUACUACGUGUACAUCCCCACCAAACUGAACCAGCGCCUCCACGUCGCCGCCAUCAGCCAGGUGGUGGUGGCCCCCAUCCUCUGCAUGUUCUGGCUGCUCUUCUUCUCCGUCCUGCGCCUCGGUCCCACCCGGCCUGUCACUCUCUUCACCUUUGUGGUCCUCCUUUCCUGCAUCAUCUUCUCCUUCUUUGGCCUCUGCCUGAAGAAGCUGCAACCACGGAAACCCUCUAGCUACCAGAUGUCUGACCAGUCUGAGGGCGCCUUCAAUGAUGUGGAGCGGAGCAGCGUUUCCUCCACCCCUAACUCCAAUCUCUUUGUGGCCACUGUCCUGCAGGAGCCCGAGCUGAGCCUGACACCGGCAGCCUCUCCAGCACACCAGUCCUAUGGCACCAUGGGCAACCACCUGGAGCCAGCGGAGGAUGGGGAGGAUGGGGGGCUGCAGAGCUUCGAGACAGAGCUGGAGACAGUGGAGGGCGAGUACAGGAGUGGCCCCGUGAUAGAGAGCCAGGCUCGCUACCAGUGAACACCCCCGCCACAGGCUGAGAACAGACUGUGCUGAGAGCGGAGGACAGGCCGUGGGGCAGGAAGGAGCCUUCCUUGCACUGGUGGGGGCCACCUUGCUCAUGGGCCAGGGGAUGACAGGACUGAUGUGAGGGAGAGACCCCAUUGCAUGGGCAGUGGCAGGAGGCUCUGAUGGUCCCUCCCGCUGCCUGCACUGGCUGAGCGCCCUGGUAUCCCCCUGUCCCCACCUGCCUCUUCCAGCACACAGUGGGGAAGAGGGGGUCCAGCAGUAUAGGGAGAGGGUUUCUCUGAGAGGCCAUGCUUUUAGGGGCAGGAGGGAGGCCCUGGCCCCUCUGAGAGGAAGAAGCAGCCAAGACA